GUCUAGGACAGAUCGAGCACUCCACAGGUCUGGAGCUGGCACACACAGCUUCCAACCCGGCCCCCCUCCCGCCCCCGCACGCCCCACCCGGCGACCCUCUCGCGCCGCCCCCGCCGCCUCCGCCCGCGCAACAACGCCCACGCCCCUGGCGGACCCUCGCGCUCUCUGCGUUUCGCGUUAAUCACCCGGGCGCCGCCGCCACGCACCGCAGGACAGCCAUGCAGAUCUUCGUCAAGACGCUGACCGGCAAGACCAUCACGCUCGAGGUCGAGCCGUCCGACUCGAUCGACAACGUCAAGGCCAAGAUCCAGGACAAGGAGGGCAUCCCGCCCGACCAGCAGCGCCUGAUCUUCGCGGGCAAGCAGCUCGAGGACGGCCGCACCCUCUCGGACUACAACAUCCAGAAGGAGUCGACCCUGCACCUGGUCCUCCGCCUGCGCGGCGGCAUGCAGAUCUUCGUCAAGACGCUGACGGGCAAGACCAUCACGCUCGAGGUCGAGCCGUCCGACUCGAUCGACAACGUCAAGGCCAAGAUCCAGGACAAGGAGGGCAUCCCGCCCGACCAGCAGCGCCUGAUCUUCGCGGGCAAGCAGCUCGAGGACGGCCGCACCCUCUCGGACUACAACAUCCAGAAGGAGUCGACCCUGCACCUGGUCCUCCGCCUGCGCGGCGGCGUGGCAAUGCUUGACACCAAGGCUGAGUUUGACAAGGCGCUCGCAGACGCGGGCGACAAGCUCGUGGUUGUCGACUUCACCGCGUCGUGGUGCGGCCCGUGCCAGAGGAUCGCGCCCGUCUUCGCCGCGCUGGCCGAUGAGAUGCCCGACGUCGUCUUCGUCAAGGUCGACGUCGACGAGAACGACGAGGUGGCUUCGGACUGCGGCAUCUCGUCCAUGCCGACCUUCCAGUUCUACAAGUCUGGCGCCAAGGUGCAUGAGUUCUCCGGCGCGUCCGAGGAGAAGAUCAGGGAUGCGAUCAAAUCAUUCAAGUGAGCUCGCACCAUCGACUGCAGCCGCAGCGGCGAGGAGGCGUGGGAAUGGGCCCAUUGUCGGUUCGAGUCGCGUUCGGCGGGGAGCUGCGGUGUCGCCCCCUGUGCGCUCUGUGGCUGUGCGCAGUGCGGUGGGGGACCGCGUGUCUAGAGCUGACCUGUCUGCGUCUCUCACUCUCUGAAAAACACAAGAUUGCGCGAGACGCAGCGACGGAGAGAUGC